GUGCACCCGUUUGCCUUUAUAAGACAAUCUCCGCUACACCUUUUUCACAAUUCCAAUCUCCCUUCACUCCCAACGAAGAUGGGUUCCUAUAGAUCACUUCUAUCCACGGCGGUCCUUUUCUCCAUGUUCUUCGCCUUUUCGUCGGCGUUAGACAUGUCGAUCAUCAGCUACGACUCAAAGCACAGUGACAGAGCGAGUUGGAGGACCGACGACGAAGUGAUGACCAUGUACGAGUCCUGGCUCGUCAAGCACGCCAAGGUUUACAACGCCUUGGGUGAGAAAGAGAAGAGGUUUCAGAUCUUCAAGGACAACCUCCGGUUCAUCGACGACCACAACGCCGCCGAGAACCGGACCUACAAGCUGGGUCUGAACCGCUUCGCCGAUCUGACCAACGAGGAGUACCGUUCCAUGUACUUGGGGGCCAAGCGGAGGGUGUCGACGCCCAAGACGAGCGAUCGCUAUACUCCCCGCGUCGGCGAUAGCUUGCCGGACUCCGUCGAUUGGAGGGAAAAAGGUGCCGUCGUUGGAGUCAAAGACCAGGGUAGCUGUGGGAGUUGUUGGGCGUUCUCAACUAUUGCUGCUGUUGAGGGGAUAAACAAGGUAGUGACCGGAGAUUUGAUAUCAUUGUCGGAGCAAGAGUUGGUGGAUUGUGAUACAUCCUACAAUGAAGGAUGCAAUGGUGGCCUCAUGGACUAUGCUUUUGAGUUCAUAAUCAACAAUGGUGGAAUUGAUACCGAAGAUGAUUACCCCUACAAAGCUAGAGAUGGAAUGUGCGACCAAUACAGGAAAAAUGCAAAGGUUGUCACAAUUGAUGGUUACGAAGACGUUCCUCCAAAUGACGAGAAGGCAUUGCAAAAGGCAGUGGCAAGUCAACCAGUGAGUGUUGCUAUUGAAGGCGGCGGCCGGGAAUUCCAAUUAUAUAUCUCGGGUGUAUUCACGGGAAUUUGUGGGACACAACUAGACCAUGGUGUGGCUGCAGUUGGAUAUGGAACAGAAAAUGGUGUGGACUACUGGAUCGUGAAGAACUCUUGGGGUGCAAGCUGGGGAGAGGAUGGCUACAUCAGGAUGGAGCGUAAUACGGCUACAGCACUAACAGGCAAAUGUGGAAUCGCAAUGGAGCCCUCUUACCCCAUCAAGAAUGGCCAAAAUCCCCCCAACCCGGGUCCAUCUCCUCCAUCUCCAAUUAAGCCUCCCAAUAUGUGCGACGAUUACUAUGCAUGUGCUGAAAGCAACACCUGCUGCUGUCUCUUUGAAUUCGGCAAAUAUUGCUUCGAGUGGGGAUGCUGCCCACUUGAGGGUGCCACCUGCUGUGAUGACCAUUAUAGUUGCUGCCCCCAUGAAUACCCCGUAUGCAAUGUUUACUCAGGGACGUGCCUGACGAGCAAGAACAAUCCAUUGGGAGUGAAGGCGAUGAGGCGCGUUCCUGCCAAACCUCAUUGGGCAUUCGGGGGUGGAAAGAGCAGCAGUGCUUGAUUGCCUUGGAGUUUGUUUGAAGUUGAUGAUCUUGUUAGUAUUAUGAUACUGCAAACCCCAUUUCCACCAUUAUAUAUAGAUGACAAAUAGAUGGAUGGUCUAUUGAUCAUGAUAUGUAUGUAUAUAGUGCUUUAUAUUUUUAUAUUUCUGUUAGUCAACAAACAGAUUGUUGUCGAUUUCCAUUUGACUCAAAUUAUGUACAGUAUUUAAAUGCUUCAUGUUCCAGUUAUAUUUUGUGGGCCUUCCAUGAAUUGUUUCUCAUUCCAAUGUUGAUUUUAGUACAUUUUGAUGAUAAUAAAAUUUUGUUUCUUUAUUA